CUUUCACACGGGAUCCACCCUUCCCAAUGCCGUAUUUUUAGAAUCCCUGAAACAAUUCCCGUGUUUUGGCAUUGCUCGUUAACUUCUCCCGAAAACGUAACUAGUUUUCUUCCUUCGAGCAUGAACCCUCUCCCCCUACAAUAGCAUCUCUCUUCGCUCCCACGGUUUCGCCUCUCGUACCGGUCGGGAAUCGUCCUGUUGUUUCGGGCUAUUAGCCUUCUUCCAGCAAUGUCAUCGUCAGCAAAUUCUCCCUGCGCGGCUUGCAAGAUGCAGCGGCGGAAAUGCACACAGGAUUGCGUUUUCGCGCCGUAUUUCCCGCCGGACCAGCCGCAGAAGUUCGCCAAUAUCCACAGGGUCUUCGGCGCCAGCAACGUCUCCAAACUGCUCAACGAACUCAACGCCGCUCAGCGCGAAGACGCCGUUAACUCGCUCGCGUACGAGGCGGAGUAUCGACUGCGAGAUCCGGUUUACGGCUGCGUCGGACUCAUCUCCGUUCUCCAGCACCGGCUCAAACAGAUCGCGCGAGAUCUGAGCAAUGCCAAGAGGGAAUUGGCGACUUACAUCGGCCCGAAUGCUCUGGCCCCGCUUUUCCCACAACCCGGGUUUGUACCGAAUAAUAACCCGAAUCCGUCUUCGGGGGCCGGAGUGAUUUUGCCGUAUAACAUGCAGAUGAUGAUCCACGAUCCGCAUCCACACCCUGCCCAACAUCAGCAGUUAUUGGAAUCUCAUCAUCAGUUGAUGAUUGGGGAGCCGGCCGAGAUGUUCCGGGCUUACGAUCAUCAACCGCAGCAGCUCGAGCUCAUGGGGCUUAAUAAUGGAGGAUUCGAAUCCGGUGGGCCGGUCUCUGCCACCGGAUAUCAUCAAUUGACUGUCCCGACGGCGGCUAUGUCGCCGUCCUUGGCUUUGGGAGCAUACCCUAAUGCUUGUUAUCCGUUUCAGGAGGAGCAAUCUCAUCCUCAUGAAAAUACUCAGAUUGUUCAGAUUCAGCCACAACAGGUUAUACUCCAACGAGAACCGCCGCAGCUCAGUCCACCGGAGCAGAAUCCAGAGACCCAAAGCGAGGAGGAAGGUAAGAGCGUUGGUCAUCCUUCCUGUUAACGUCUUGUGAAAGCUGCCAUGCCGUCUGGGAUUCAUUCAUUCUACAGUUUCCUGACUAGAAAACUAAGGACAUGUGAUAGGUAUGUGUCAAGGAAGUUUUUGCAUUUGAAGAAAAUCAUAAAGCUUGGGGAGUUACAACAUCAAUGCUGGAGCUGCAUGGAUUAUUGUUGAAGAUGGUGAAACAUUUCUGUUUACAUUUUACAUCUAUUUAAUCCCUUUCACAUAUAUUCUGUUUAAAUUUUAUAUUUCACUUCUCUGCUUCCUUUUUAUUAUUGUUACCUUCAAAUUUUAAGUGAUUAGAAUAGUUGUAAUUUUUUUGCCAAAAAAAGAAUAGUUUUAAUUUGUAGUUUGAAGUAUGUGCUUUUAAGGAUGUUUUUAAUUAGACUGAAAUUUCC